AUGUCGUUUUACAUUCUAGCUCCUCCAAACCCAAGGGGUCUUAAAAUAGUUGGACAAAAUGACACCAGUAUAACUCUGCAGUGGAAUAAAGUGGAGAACCUCCUUAACUACAGACUUAAGGUCGAUGAACGAGAGGUAGAAGUCCUUGCAGUGGCAGGACAAGUACUGGUGACAACAACAGUCCACGAACUCAAAAGUGGGACUAAACACAGUUUCAGUCUCUUUGCUCUGUAUCAUAAUGUCAGUAGCAGUGGACUUAACUUCUCUGCAGUCACAGCUCCUCGUAACGCAGAAGAUAUAACAGUAGUUGGACAGAGUGAGAGCAGCAUCACUUUGCAGUGGAAAAAAGUGGAUGAACUACUCGAUUACAUUUUUGUGGUCAAUGGAAGAGAGAUAAAUGUUACUGCACCAGAUGGACAAGAUACAGUGACAUACACAGUCUCUGGACUGCAAAGCGGGACAAAAUAUGUAUUUGAUCUGUUCACUGUGUUUGAAAACGUCAGAAGUAGUGGAGUCAAAUACACUGCAGUCACUGAUUGUGAUUUCAGAGUCACAUUAUUUGCAGUGAGUGAAGGCUUUUUUUUCUCAUCAGUUCCCUCAAUGGUGGCUUCAGUUAAUGUGACUGAACGCUCUGUGGACAGUGUAACCCUGGUGUGGAAGAGUGUGCGGAAAGACUGGAGCUACUCUCUCAAAAUAAAUGGAAAGGUUUUCAACCAUAAAGGAUCACAGGAUGUUUUAUCACAAGUAAUCUCUUCUCUCAAGCCUGGGACAGAGUAUCCAUUCAGCGUGAGCACAGGUUUCUUUGGACUCAACAGCACUGCUUACGAAGACUUCACAGUCACAGCCAUAAACUGUGCAAAUGUAAACUGGCAUGUUACAAACUCGUCGAUCAAAGGAACGAUUGAAGGCUUGUUUACAAAUGCAACAGCAACAAACAAAUCCCAAACUCAUGUCAGUUCUGAAGAUGGCAUUGUGUCGUUUACUGGCCUUUAUCCUGGAGCAACCUACGAGGUGUAUCUGGAAUAUGAGAAAAACUCCAUACACUUUAAUCAGUGUAGCCACGCAGUGACCAUCAUUCCUCCAGAUAUAAAGCCUCACUGUGAGUAUUGGGCAUCUGGAUAUUCUGUCUACAUUGCCUGGGACACACUGGCUGGCAUCUGGACUGGAGUGAAGGUGGAGGUGAAUGGGGAAACUCACUCUUCAAAUAACAGAGAACAACAUGUCAUAAUACCUGGAUUCCAACCUGCAAAAACAUAUGCGAUGUCUGUUGUUACACUAUCUGGAGAAAGGAGUUCUGCACCGUUUGCUUUUCAAUGUUCCACUGAUCCAAGGGGGGUCAUUGCAGGGUCAGUAAUGGGUGUGCUCCUUUUUCUUGUUCUGGUCUUUUUGGCUGCCUUCAUUUUGUUGAAAAGACCAGAUUUAAUCAGGUUGGCUCUGCCUCAGUGA